AUGUUCAGAGCCAUCGCAAGAGCCCAUCCGGCAGUGGCCUUUGCCCGUGCUGCAACCCUUAAGCCCAUUACUCCCAUACUUUCACGAUCCUAUCAGAUUUCCACCAAACAAUUUAAAACAAUCAAAGUCUAUGCUCCUCUGCCCAAAAAGACCCCAGGAUCCCCCCUCAAGACCAAUCUUACUGGGGCUGUUGAAAAGUCGCUCAUCUACAAGCAUGACCCUGCCGGCUGGAGAUCUGCUCUGAUUGACCGUACCAAGCCCGAUACUUGUCUGCGGCCCGGUGACAUUGUGCGUGUGCUGAAAAACGAUAAAACCCAUUUUAGUGGUAUGGUUAUUGCCAUUAAGCGUAACGGACUCGCCUCAAGCUUCCUUCUCAGAAACAAAAUUACUGGUCUUGGUGUUGAGUCUAGAUAUAUGGUCUAUUCACCAACCAUCCGCUCUAUCGAGAUUGUCCGCAGACCUAUGAAGCCCAAGCGCAGAGCUAAGCUCUACUAUGUUCGUGGCUCCACCAAGCACGACGUUGGUGAGCUUGAGACUGAAAUUAAACAGAAGCGGUUUUAA